AUGCCGCGGUGGUCCAGUUUGGUUGUCCGAGGGGGCCCCCCACUAACCUUCGAGAGAUGCUACCCUAAAGUACAUGCAGGUGACGAGGCCCUAAUGUCAAAAGAAGAGAGAUACGUGGUCAUCGCCAUGCGGGCGUAUGGCCAUGUAAUUGGUUACAACGAGGCGUUUGCCCGCGCAAAAAGCCUCUGGGAGAGUGGCGAUGACCGGCCCAAGUGCCUUGCCUUCUUCGAGCCAGAGUACAAUGCCGACUACAGCGACCGGCCGCGCCGAUUCGAUCCCAACGACCCAGAAUCUAUCGAACGCGCCGAGCAGUUCCGGCAUCACUCAGACGAAUUCGUCGCCGUCUACGGAAUCAAGGAGUUCUACACCGACAUCUCGAUCUGGAUGACGACCCCCUUUGAUGAGUCUCUCGUGCCCAACUUUAACAUUCCAUUUCAUGUCUUGGUCGACGAUGCCACGUUCACCUUCCUCAAGCGUUUCAAACCAAAAUUGGAGCUCCGCCAAUACUGGCUCUCUGCAGCCGAAAAGUACGGCUUCUCUGCCGAAGAAAUUAAAACCUACGGCCCCGGCAAACGACUCGCGACGUCCGGUCCCGCUGCCCAAUUCGUCGGCGACGACAUCGACACCGAGCUUGCCAGGUGCCAUGACCGUAUGGAGCGACAACAGGCGUGGGCGGCGCGGAAUAUGGAUGAUGAUGGACCUGUCACGCAGGAGGAACAGGAUGAGUAUAACGCUUGGUAUGGGAAGGGGGCUGAUGAUGACGAUGAUGUCGGUGGCAAUGAGUUGCGAAAUUGGAAAAUGGGUGCAAAUGAAGAGGAUGGUGAUGUUGAAAUGGCAGAUUAG